CUGUGGUGUUGUUUGGGUGUUGGAAUCGGUACAUGGCUAGUUUUGGAUAAAUAUGCCAUUGAUAAUCUAUCGUUCGCCACAGCACAAAUUCAAGGUUACGAGCAGGAGGAGGCCUUACGAGAUCUGGCCACCAAGCCCACAGCUGUUCGGCAAAUCGGUUAUCUUUUGCUUUUUGGUGGACUGCUUGUUAUAACGGUUGCUUUUCUUGGUUGCUGUGGGGCUGCCAAGGAAUGGCGGCCGCUUCUUUGCUGUUACGCUACUUGCCUUAUGAUCAUUCUUGCUACUGAAAUCGCUGCUGCUAUCUACGCUGCUAUGCACAGUCAUAUGAACGAUCUUCCGCGAAUUCUGAGAGCUUCUCUACGGAUGUAUAAUUCAGUGACAGCCCUGCUGCGAAGAACGUUGAUGAAGUCAUGUUGUGGAGUUGAUUCAAAGGUAGGAGAGUUCAAUGAAUCAGGAUGGUUCCAAUUGACAAAAGGGCGCUACAUGUUUCCCCCGGCAUGCUGUCCCCAGGACACCAAUGGGAAACUACCGCCGGAAUGUCAAACUCACGCGCGGCAUGGUGAUGUGAGUACUUAUCCCAUCAUCAAUUUUGCG